GGGAGGAGACGACUGCUGCCGAGAACCCGCCGGAAACCCAGAGCACGAUGCGGUCUGGCCUGCUGCUGCUGGUCUGCUGGGCGGCGCUGGCCGCGGCCCAGCAGGACUGCGCCGACGAGGACACCAGCUUCGAGCUGGUCACCGGCUACGUGUACAGCGCGCCGGCCGACAUGCUGGACUCGCGGGCCGGCACGCUCAUGCUCACCGAGUGCAUCGACAUGUGCCGCCAGAACUCCUCCUGCCAGGCCUUCAACUACGAGACUGGCCUCUGCGUGCUCAUCGACUCCACCGCUGAUGGUCAGGAAGAGUCGAUGACCAAGUCGCAGUUCCCGGUGUUCACCAUGUACGUGCAGAAGAUGUGUUACGCUGACGCGCCCAAGUGCGGCAAGGCCUGGGCGUUCGAGCGUGUGCAGAACUACACGCUGGCCGACGUGGCCAAGAAGACUGUGCAGGUGGAGAGUCGGCUGGCGUGCGAGAAGGCUUGCCUCGCCGAGACGGAGUUCGUCUGCAGGUCGGCCGCCUACUCGGACGAGGCGGGCUCGUGCCAGCUGUCGGACAUGGACCGCCACACCACGGCCGGCAUGGGCCUGUUCCGCGAGAGCGACGGCAUCGACUACCUGGAGAACAACUGCGUCGACGAGCCGGUCAAGCUGUGCGAGUUCCAGCAGAUCAGCGAGCGCAUUCUGAAGACGGUCGACUCGGUGCACCAGGAGGUCGAGUCGAUCGAGGCGUGCCGCGAGUUGUGCCUGACGGCUAGCUUCCGCUGCCACACGUACGACUACGGCGACACGGGCGACAAGGUCUGCCGGCUCAGCCAUCACUCCAUCGCCACGCUGACGCACAUCGAGGAGGCCUACCUGCAGAUCCCCGGCUCCACCAGCUACGAGCUCAGCUCCUGCUACAACGUCACCAUCGACUGCCGCGCCGGCAACAUGGUCGCCCGCAUCAAGACCAGCAAAGUGUUCAACGGCAAGAUCUAUGCCAAGGGCAACCCCAACACGUGCGUCACCGACGUGAACGGCAGCCUGGAGUUCGAGCUGACCAUGGGCUACAGCGACCUCGAGUGCGACGUGAAACGCGACGGGCCGGGCAAGUACCACAACGACGUGGUGUUGCAGCACCACGACCGCAUCGUCACCUCGGCCGACCUGGGGCUCAGCGUACACUGCCAGUACGACCUGAGCAACAAGACGGUCAGCAACGAGGUGGACCUCGAGGUCAAGGGCGACAUCCAGCCGGUGCUGGAGGAGGAGGCGGUGGUCGACUCGCCGAACGUGCUGAUGCGCAUCACCGACCCGGACGGCAGCGAGGUGCAGGCGGCCAGCGUCGGCGACGCGCUCAGCCUGCGCUUCCUGAUCAUGGACCCCAUGUCGCCGUACGAGAUCUUCGUGCGCGACUUGAUCGCCAUGGACGGCUCCAACAACAACGAGAUCCUGCUGAUCGACGCCGACGGCUGCCCCACCGACGAGAGCAUCCUGGCGGCGCUGCUGCGCGUCAACGACACCAAGGAGCUGGCGUCCGCCUUCGACGCGUUCAAGUUCCCCACCUCGGACGUGGUGCAGUUCCGCGCACUGGUCACGCCGUGCUUGCCGCGCUGCGAGCCGGCCGUCUGCGACGUGCGCGACUACGCGGGCAGCCUGCGUCAGACCGAGAGCUACGGCCGGCGCCGGCGCAGCCUCGACCGCGUGCGCCGCGCCGCCGAGACCGACGAGCUGCUCGUCGUCCAGUCGAUCCGCAUCGACGACAAGUACGCGGCGCGGCGGCGCGGCGCGCCGGCCGGCACGCCCCGUCUGGACGGCCCGGACGCUGUCGAGACCACGGCCGACGGCUUCUGCGUCAACACCAUGGGCCUGGUGGUGGGCUGCUCGCUGUUCCUGCUGGCGCAGCUGGCCGUGAUCACCGCCUGGAUGUACGGCUGCCAACGACGCCGGCGCAGCAAGCUGGACGACAGCUACCCGGAGACGACAACCAGCAGCCUGGCCCAGCUCUACGACUCGGGGUACUCAGCGCACCGCGCCUGAGCGGCGCUGACGCCUGUUGUCCAUCUCUACGGCCGCCGGCAGCGAGCGCCGCCUCGGCUCGACCGUUCGCCUGUGGCGGGCCCGCCUCGCUGCUGCAGGCAGCCGUUAUCGAGCACGUGACAGCGGAUGAAGACGCAAUCCAGCAGGUGCCGACACGGACCGGGGCCGCCUGCCGCAGCCUCGGGUGGCCCUCUGGUGAGCUCCGCUCGGAAGGCACGUUGUUCGACGGCGACAGCUGACCCACUCACGUUUCAAGACCAUGGGGCAUUGAUGGCAUUUGGAGCCAAACGUUUAUUUUAGGCACGAAGGACUAGAGAAUGUUUUACGUUGAUUGUAACCAUGAGCAGCUUUGCGUGCUUUUAAGUGGCAUUAUCGUCCCGCGAAAUGUGCAUCGGUUUGGUCCGGGAGGGAAUGCAGGGUAACGUUUCGAUAGACGCUCUUCUGUGGACGACUGGGUGGGAAGGGCAAACGGACCACCCGCCAGUACAUUAUCAGAAGCAUGAAUUUCACGUCCAGCACCUUCAGAACACCGGCGGCAACAAGAAGAGGACAGCUUUGAGCACCAUCUGCGGUCAUGUUUCCGCCAUUAUUCUACAGCUCACGCCCAAUGUUUUGUUGUUUUGUUAACGAUUUGAGCAAUCUGGCUAAGGUCGGUUAUUGCUGGUUUCGCCAAUUUUGACUGGAGUGGUAGUCAACCUAUGUCAGACUGUUUCAGACUGACCAAGCAUUUGAUUGGUCGAUCUCCUUUGGCAGUUUGACUUUGUUGGCUUCGAGCGGCUACCUUGAUAUUUCUUAGGGUGAUCUGUAAUAUCAAAAUGUCCUCGCGGUUGCGCGGCACUUUUCCAACGGACGUGGUUAUGCAAGCUGAACGACCAGGCGCUCUUCCACCUGUUCCUAGAACGUGCUGGAUUUGCCGCCUCGUCGUCGCUUGAAUGCACGUCCUAUACGGCACUGAAGCGAUGCGCGUUGUUGCAUACCUAAGUUAACUGAUGUGUGCGUGUGUGCGUGUGGUGUGCGACAGGAGCAUCGAGAAAACCGAGUCUCGCUCGUGGUGCAUUGCGCUGUUGAAUGACCUCCAUACCAGUGGCAUUAAGAGGUGGUAAUGUUCUAUUGUUGAGUUAGGUGUACCGUGAGCGCUGCUCACCCUGUCAUGCGUUCAAUACAGCUCAUCUGAUGCUUU